CGAAUUUCCCGCCUUUCGGGAUUUUUUCUUACAUCCAUCGACCGUAUAGAUAUCUUCGUCAUUCCUGGUCAGAUCCAGAGCUGUCUUACUCACUGUGAAGGGGAUAUAUUUCUUUGAUCAUUUAGUAGCUUGUAUAUUGUUUUUUUUUCCCCCCUGCCUGCGUUUAUCUGUCCUCAUGUCGUUCUGGAGGGAGGCUUGUCAGCAACUGCGUCAUGCAGUACCAAAAACUGCGAAAGGCGAUCGCAUGUGGCUGCCAUAUUCCAGGAGAUUCAUCAGCAGUUCUACACCAACGAUGCGAGUUCAGUCGUAUGGCAGGAGAAUUGCGCAGGGGGGUGGUCAGAGGACAUUCAACUCCCCGCGGCGAAGCUUCUCGGUAACUGCGGGAGUGCAGCACGGCCAUAUUACACCCCCCAAGCCUGGUGAAGAGCUUCAUGUGUCAUUCAUCGAUAAGGACGGACAGAAGCACGACUUCGAGGUAGCUGAGGGAGACAACCUGCUGGAUAUUGCGCAGGCCAACGAUCUGGAAAUGGAAGGUGCAUGCGGAGGGUCUUGCGCUUGCUCGACCUGCCAUGUCAUUGUUGAGGACCCGGAGGUGUUCGACAAGAUGGAGGAGCCGUCCGAUGAUGAAAACGAUAUGCUGGACUUGGCGUUUGGAUUGACGGAGACAUCCCGUCUGGGAUGUCAGGUGGUGAUGAACAAGGAUCUCGACGGACUUGUUGUCCGACUACCUUCGAUGACACGGAAUCUGCAGGCCAGCGACUUUGCGCAGAAGAAAUAACUUGGUGGAGAGGACCGGAACAAAGGCGAUCUGUAUAUUAUCAGGAAUUUUCCCCUUUCAUGAAUGAGGUUACAUGAGCAGAUUACUGGAUGCAUUUGGACGACAAUGAUCAUAUCACUGGGUAUCUACAAGGACUGUCCGGCUUAUUGACUCGU